GGCCCAACCAAAACCAAGACUCUCUCUCAGUCUCAAAUCUCAAUUCAUUAGUUCCACUUCUUCGUGAGAUUCAUACGCACAAACAACAACGUUACUCCGCUAGGGUUCAUCAUUCUCUCAGUUCGUGGUUUCAUCGUUUAACGAAGAACCGUCGCCGUCCAUUAUUCAACCACAAAUCACCACCGAUAUUGAUUUUGUGAAGGUGUUGUCGGUAAAUAUUGUUCCUACUCAGCUCGCCGACAACUUCCGGAAUAAGAAGCCUGAGGUGCCAGCUAAUUGAUCAUAGCACGCAAUGGGAAGAAGAUAAAUUUGAGUUUGGGUUGCCUACUCAACAACACUGAAAAUUAUUGGUGCGCGUUGGUAUAUUAAAGGAUAUGAAGUAGAAUUCGAUUAUGGUUCCAGUCCCACAAAUAUUGGUUUAGAGGUUAUUAAUAGGCCCACAACUCUUGUUGUGAAGAGAUUGAUCUUUGAGACAGUAACCUUAAGGUGGAAGUUGAAUCAUUCUCUUUCGGAGUAACAGCUUCAGAUGGAGCGCGGCAAAAGUAGCUUGCAAGGAGUUGGAGUUCCUAGCUUGCAAGGAGUUGGAGUUCCUAGCGGAGUUGUAGAUCAAGGAGUGAGUCAAGGAGCAGCUGCUGGUACUGCACUCCCUCCACUUCGAAAAAGGAAACUUAAUGCUAGUGGUAGUAGAAAAACUUCUACGGUUUGGGAAGAGUUUAACAUUUUACCGGAUGAGCCUGAACCUAUAGCCGCGUGUAAACACUGUCAUAAAAGGUACCGAUGUGACCCUAAAACACAUGGUACUUCUAACAUGCUAGCUCACUCGAAAGUGUGUUACAAAAACCCUGCCCUUUUGUUGAAAGACCCCAAUCAGACAAACCUUGUAAGCGGCGAGGGUGGGUUUUUAGUUCCAACUAGUCAAAGGUUUAAUGCUGCAGCCUGUAGGAAGGCCAUUAAUACCUUUGUUAUCCUUGAUGAACAUUCCUUUAGAGUGGUUGAGGGUGUUGGUUUUAAGCAAAUGUGUAAACAAUUGCAACCCCAAAUGGCUAUCCCUACUAGGAGGACCGUUGCUAGGGAUUGUUUUCAGCUUUACCUAGCUGAAAAGUCACGUCUUAAAGCCUUUUUUAAAUCUGAUUGUACUAGGGUUGCACUAACCACAGACUGUUGGACUUCGAUACAAAACCUUAGUUAUAUGGCCACCACUGCACACUUCAUUGACACUGCUUGGAAGUACCAAAAAAAAUUAUUAGUUUCUCUUUAGUUCCAAAUCACAAAGGUGAUACCAUUGGCAUGAAAGUCGAGGACGUUUUGAGGGAAUGGGGGCUUAGGAAAGUGUCUACAAUUACCCUGGAUAACGCAACAGCAAAUGAUGUGGCUGUGAGUUAUUUGGAUAGAAGACUUAAGAGCAAGAAUGCUUUACUGGGUGUAGGUGAUUAUUUGCAUAUGAGGUGUGCUGCCCAUGUCUUGAACUUGGUAGUGAGAGAUGGUGAAAAAGAACAUGAAGGGUCUAUUGAAUCAGUUCGCACUGCUGUUAGGUUUGUAAGGUCUUCUCCAGAAAGAGCUAUGAAGUUUAAGGAGUGUGUUGAACUUGCGGGCAUAACUUGUAAAAAAAAACUUUGUCUUGAUGUUUCUACAAGGUGGAAUUCCACUUACCUAAUGUUGGAUGCUGCUGAAAAGUUUGAAGCUGCAUUUGACAAUAUGAUUGAUGAGGAUCCUGGAUACAUCGAAUAUUUUGACCUCCUUACCGGUCCACCCGGUUCUCAGGAUUGGAAAAAAGUUAGGGCUUUUGUGGUUUUCUUACAAACCUUCUAUGAGGCAACCAAAGUGUUUUCAACUUCGCAAGAAGUGUCCUUGCAUUUAGCUUUUCAUAACUUGUCUUCAAUUUUGUGUGAGCUUCAAGAAGCUUCAUUUAACUUGAAUUCUUAUGUGGCUCCAAUGAUUUCACAUAUGAAGGUUAAAUAUGAUAAGUAUUGGGGGGAUGUGGGAAAAGUGAAUCAUUUUCUUUACUAUGGAGUGAUCUUUGAUCCUAGGUUUAAGUUUAACUAUAUUGAGUGGUCUUUUAAUGAUAUGUAUGGGCAUUCUAGUGACCUUGCCAAGAAAAAUAUUGAAUGUGUCAAAACUAGUUUGUUUAAACUAUAUAAUUGGCAUAAAUCUGAUCAUGAUAAGAAUGUUGGGGCUAGUCCUUUAAGUGCACCAGGGAGCACUUCCCUUGGAGAAGCAUCUUCCCAACCAAAAGAACCAUCACCUUUUACAAGGGCUAAUGCUUUUAAGAAACAUCUGAAGGAAAAAGACACAAUUGAAAAUGAAAAUGAACUAGAGAAGUACUUAGGUGACCCUUGUUGCGGGGAGGGGGGAAAUUUUAGUAUUCUUAAUUGGUGGAAGGAAAAUUGCACCCGUUAUCCUAUAUUAGCAACCUUGGUUCGGGAUGUGUUGGCAACACCUGUUUCUAGUGUAGCCUCAGAAAGUGCUUUUAGCACGGGGGGAGGAUUUUAGAUAUCUAUAGGAGCUCUUUGAGUCCAGAUAUGGUCGAAGCGCUUAUAUGUACUCAAAACUGGUUGAAGCCUUCUGACAAUGAUCUAAAUGUCCUUAAUAUGACUGAAGAAUAUGAGAUUAGUGAAUCAAUUGUUUCAGAGUUUCAAGUAGCUACUGGUGGAGCAGCUGCUCCUACACAGGCUGGGCCUGUUUAAUUCUCGCCUAGCUGUGAAUUUUUGAAUAUUUUGGAGUCACUUUGUGAUUCAAUAAGACAAGCCUUUCUUUUUUGGAGUCAUUUUUUGAAACUAAGGAUGGAACCGUUUCAGUAGCUACUGCGUUUGCUGGUCAUCAGGAAGGUAAUGCCUCUGCAUAUUGGGCUCGUUAUUUAUUGGAAUCCCUGUCAAAGAAAUUUCUGGAUGGUGGCGGGUUUGUUUUGGGGUAUCUACCAUACCUGCAGCUAUACUUGCUCUGGCUAUGGUCUUUUGUGCAGAAAGUCCACAUUGGUUAUACAAGGUUGACACCUAAUACUAUUUCAUAUUAUAU